AUGCAAGAUCCAACAUACCCACUCGUGCCGAUAGCCAGCAUCGUCGCGGCCGUCCUUGUGCUUCUUACUCUGAUCACAUCCGGCGUGCGCGGCGCAUACAAUCGCGGAGUGGUCAUGUUCGAAGGAUGGGUACUCGUCGGGCUCAUCAUAACGGCCGUCCAAACCAUUGUCUGGCGCGACACUUCGCAUAUCAUAGCGCCUGUAUUUUGCGAUAUCUGUGAGUCCAUUGUAUUCUUAGCCCAUCACAACUCCCUGCUCUCCAUCAUGACCUCUUUGCAUGACUACGAUAGAGGAACAAAUGCUGACCCUGGGUGUUGUCUAUCAGCGUCGCAUCUCGCGAUUGGGCUGACGGUUGGCAUUCCGGCUUGUUCGUUCGUCAUCACUAGGAGGCUGUGGCUCAUCGUAGACGGGAAAUCGCCCAUGGACCAGUCGAAGCUUCGCAGUGAAAUCUUCAUCGACUACUUCUUGGGGCUCGGCGUGCCCGUCCUGAGCAUGAUACUGUACUAUAUCGUGCAAGGUGUGCGAUUUCAGAUCGUCGAAAACUACGGCUGCGCGUCUGGCGUCUAUCAAAGCGGAGUCGCGAUUCUUCUCCUAGACAUAUGGCCCUUGGUGCUCCCACUUGCCUCAGCAACGCUCUACUGCUGGCGUAUCGUUCUUCAUCUUCACCGUCAUAGGCGCACUGUGAACGGCGUUCUCCGUCAUCAUAUCGGGAUGGAUCGAUCACGGUAUGUACGCGCCCUCGCGCUCGGAUGCGUGGACAUCUUGCUCUCUCUUCCCGUUGGCAUCAUCUCCUUCGUUCUGGCCGUAGGCGUCGGCCCGUCGUUUCCCUUCUGGCCUGGAUGGUCAGAGAUCCACACAGCAUGGGAACCUUUGGCUACUCCCUCCCACAUCUGGCAAGAAGACCCGUGGUUCCGCUUCAGGAUCUACUGGAAUAGUUGGGUCAAUGUCUUCUUCGGCAUCGCCAUAUUCUCUCUGUUCGGCUUGAACCUGGAGUCCAGGAAGAUCUAUAGUGGCGUCUUUGGAAGGACAAAGGAAGGUGUAUACAUCGCAAAAGAGUGGUCAUCGGGGGUCAUCACUUCGACAUUGGUACCGGCCUCGCAACAUAGUACCAUCGAGAUCAUGCAACCGUCCCGCGAAUCCAUUGUUGCUGAGAAGAGACAACGACAAAUGGACGAAUUUGCGGAGCUUGACACGUUGCAUUCGCUUGAGAACGGGUUCGCCGGGGCCAUCACUGUUACCAUCGAAGUUGGGGAGGAGAUUUACAGACCCGGCGGAGUUGACGGCGCUGUUCCAUUCUACUACGAGGAGAAGCGCGGUAACGGUCUCGGAGGCCAUGGGAUGGUAUGA